UGCUUGACCGCAGCGUACCAAGAUUUAAUCUGCUUUACCUUUGAUGUAAGGAAUAGACCGAGUGGUUAUGAUUGUUAACCUUUCUGCGUAUCCUAGAUACCAUACAUACUUCAACUAGUUUCAUUUCCUUUUAAAAAACACAAUGAGUGGAUUGGCAUGGGGAUUCCCAUUUUGUAAAGUAGAGAGAAAGGGUUUGAAAUCGAAAAAGAAAGGAAGAAUAGUGGUAAGCAGAAAAAAAGCUGGGGCUGGGAAAAGCUACUGGACUGGAAAGAAACCAAAAGGAGAAACAGAGGGGAUAGCAAAGAAAACCAGAAAAAAAAAGAAAAAAAAAGAGGAAACCUCUGGAAUAAGGUUGGAGGAAAGGAAUUGAAGACGAUCAGAAAGGAUAAUUACACAGCAAUAGUGAGAAAAGGAAGCUGCUGGAAAGAAACGAAAAGAGGAAAGGAGGAGGAAGCGAGCACGGAGAAAACCAAAGAAGAGUGGUAAGCAGGGGGAAAUGAGAGAGAUUUUUCUAAAGCUACGAAGAUGAAGGAAGAGAAAGGGAAGAAAUCUCAUAUGCACUAUUCUGCAACACGUUUUGAUCUUCUUUCUCAAAAGGGAAACGCGUAAAUGAGACCAAAACAGGACAGUCUUAGCUAUAAUGCUUCUGGGCAAGUGACUAGACUAGUAAUUACUCAAGACAGUAUCACGGACUUGAACCAUGUUUCUCAAAUGUGUGGGGUUCAACCGUUCCAAGCACACAAGUUCAUCUCAGAGAAAGUAUCCAACGAUAAUAGAAGAGCUGUGCUGUCAAUUUUCUCUCGCCGAUCUUAGAAAAUCAACCAACAAUUUCGACUAUAGACACAAAAUAGACUCUCGUGGUCGAGUAUACAAAGGUAUUCUUGAACAUAAUGGUGUCACUGAUUAUGCUGUUGCAUUAAGGCGGAUAUUUGAGAUAGAAAACCCUGGAAUCAUUCACUUCAAGAACGAAAUUGAGUUGUUGUGUCAGCUUCAUCAUCCUAAUUUGAUCCCUCUUAUAGGAUUCUACGAGGGAAAAAAUGAGAGGAUUCUUGUAUAUGAGUACAUGGUUAAUGGAUCUCUAGAUCGACAACUGGAAAGAGGGGAACUUUCGUGGAAGAAAAGACUAGAGAUUUGCAUAGGAGCAGCACGUGGACUACACUACCUUCACGCUGGAGCCAAGCGCACCAUCAUUCAUCGCAACAUCAAACCUAGCAAAAUUCUUUUGGAUGCAAACAUGGAGCCAAAGAUUUCAGAUUUUGGCCUUAGCGUACAGGGACAGCGUUUUAUGUCAAAGCCAAAGCCAAUUAAAGUAGAUUAUGUUGCGGGUACUUAUGGCUACGUGGCUGCGGAGCAAUUUAAGAACCUGACCAUCACAGAUAAAACCGAUGUUUAUUCAUUUGGUAUGGUUCUAUUCGAAGUUGUGAGUGGAAAGACAUAUAUGAGUUUAAUAGAAGAAGAGGAAAAGUUUGAAAUGCCGGUUGAAGAGAAAGUUGAUCCGAAAAUCAAAGGAAAGAUUACACCUGAGUCUUGGCAAGUCUUUAUAGAUAUCGUGCAAGGAUGCUUGAAAUACGAAGCAGAUGAGCGACCAACAAUGGGUGAGGUAGAGGUGCAACUUGAGCAUGCUCUGUUGUUGCAGGAACAAGCAGAUAUCACAAACAUCCAUGGUGAUUAUGUUUUAUUGUCUAAAACCAUUAUUUAUCUAAAGGCUGAGUUAGAAGAUGAAGAUAUCGGUAUAACAGAGGACAGUGACUAAGAAGACAUGUUUCAUAGUUAAUUUUGUGAGCUCAAAUAAAGGCUUUUAGCUUUUUCAGACAAACAAAGCUGUUAUCUUAACUUUUGCAAUAAUUCAGUUCAAUUAUGAUAUCUCUAGCUUUUGUACCAAUCAUGGUUCAAGCAUUUUGAUGAAUGCUGAAGUAUAUAAAUCUGAAGAGUGAA